AUGGAGGCUCUGAAUGAAACGGACUGUUUCUACCAGAACGGUGACGUGCGCGAUGAGCCUUUUAUACUCUCCCUGUCUUCCAAGUACUUGCUUGUUGCUUCAUUCUGUGCUAGUCAUAACCCACCAGCUACUGAUAGGCGAUAUUUUGUCAAGUUCCACGGCAAGGAAAAACGAUCCGACGCUCGAGAAAGGCGAGCUGAACUAUCAGCAGAACAACGUGAAACUGACGCGAAAGCCGUUGAUUUACAACGUAUCAAGUGCAUUUACUUGGCUCUCACGAACUUAUAUCCAGUUGAAGAUGUGGACAUGAAUAUUGAUAUUAAUGCUCAGGUUUGA